AUGUCUCUAUCCCCCCAUUCAUCUCCCUCCCUCCUUCAGCUUCACGGUGAUGCUCGGUCGGCUCGGGAUGCUCUACUGUUAUGGUGCCAACGAAGGACACAGGGCUACGCUGGCGUAAAUGUGCAGAAUUUCACAACAUCUUGGAACGAUGGCCUUGCUUUUGGUGCCCUACUACACCACCACUGUCCCGAGCUGCUUGAGUUUAACGAGCUAGACUCGAAGCUCCCUCUUAAGAACCUAGAAAAGGUUUUCAGCCUGGCCCAGGAGAAUUUAGGCGUACCGCGGUUGCUUGAUCCAGAAGGUAAAUCUAGUAGCUUGAAAUGUAUUCCUCUUAUAUUUUCACUUGUAGUAGCCUAA